GGGCAUACUGGGAAAUUUGGAUAGACAGAGAGAGAGAGAGAGAGAGAGAGAGAGAGAGAAUGAGAGACUGAGAGUACAGAGAUACUAUUGAACUAUAUAAGGCAGAGGACAGAUUCAGUAUAAAUCAGGAUAUGCACUCAGAAGCAAAAUAAUCAGUAUCUGUAAAUUGAUGUAUGACUGGCUGACCUGCUGUUGCCCAUUUGAACUGCAGCUUUCAGUACCCAGUUUAUGGGACAAUUGACCAAUAGAGAACUGCACUUCUGAAUUCACUUUCAGCCUUCAACAGCAUCAAACAUGACAACUGCCACAAGACUUCUGGAUGAGCUCUGUCACUUAAAGGCUCAGUCUCUAGAAUCAUUGGAGCCUUUAGAUCACUUCCAAGUUAUUAAACUUCUUGGAGAGGGUUCAUAUGGAAAAGUCAAAUUAGCAGUGCACAAGAAGAGAGGAACACCAAUGGCCCUUAAAUUCUUCCUGAGAGACGACAUAUCUCUACUGUCCUUUCUGAGGGAAUAUAACCUGUCUUUGGCCUUUUGUACCCACCCCUCACUUACCUCAGCUUUAGGCAUCGCUUUCUCAACUCCUACUCACUAUGUGUUCGCCCAGCAACCUUGCCUUUAUGGCGACCUAUAUGAUGUCAUCGUUCCUGAGGUUGGUCUUGAAGAGAGCCGUGCCCAAGGAGUGGCUUCCCAGAUCAGCGGUGCUCUCUCUCACCUCCAUUCCCUUGGCUUUGUCCACCGUGAUGUCAAGCCGGAAAACAUCUUCCUGUGUGGCCGUGAGUGUCGUUGGGUCAAACUUGGUGAUUUUGGCAUGGUGAAGGCUAAAGGCACCAGGGUACCAUGCGUGUGGUACAGCUCCCCUUACUGCACACCCGAGUCUGAGAUGGCAAGGAAGAACCAAGAGAACCAUUUGGGUAACUUGGGGAUGGACAAAAAUGGAAACACGCAAAAAGGCGACUCUGGAAAGACUCACAGGAUGUUGGUGUCUGUGGAUCCCACUACAGACAGCUGGGCAUUAGGCAUUUUAAUCUACGCCAUGCUAAUGGGGAGCCUUCCAUGGUCUGAGACUGUUUCAGACAACACUGCAUAUAAAUGCUAUCUACAAUGGACCAACUGGGAAGGAUCACCAUCACAGGAGAGGGGAUCAGAUCAGCCUGAAAACUUCCAACAGAUGGCACCACAGUUUGCGGCGUUCACUCCUCUUGCGGCUUGUCUUCUUAGGGCCCUGCUCCACCCACAGUUCAGGCUUCGUGGCAGGCCAGAUGAGGUGGAAAGAUAUCUGGGAGGAGCCUGGCUAUUGGACAAGGAUGUCAGUGGGUGAUGCAUCAAAAGAAAGGCAGGACGCAGAUCAUUAGUUUGUCAUUCACUCGUCACCUUUUAGAAGUAGUUCUGAUGGUAGUUUUAAUCAUAAGCCUGCUGUGCAUCCUAUGCAUUAUUAGCUGAGAGUUUGUUUUCCUAACUGACCACUAGAUCUUAGCUGUAAACACUGAAAACACAAAAGUUCCUGGGAAAAAAAGUUCCGGGUAUAUGUUACGGGUAAUUUUGGUGGAAACUCGGCACAAGAGUGGAAAGCUCUGCGGUUGAUCUUCUUACAAUGCCACUGGUCUUUAUAGAUCUACUGACUACCAAGAGCAGCACAAAUUAGCAUCUGGAUUAAGAAUAUGGCAGUAUAUGGAGUUGGUAAGGGUUAUAUAAUUGAAAAGGGGCAGUAUUUCUAAAAAAAACUUGGGCUCCAUCCACAGUCCAGCAACAUUACUACACUACAAAACAAUGUGCUUCCCACAAAGAUCAGUGUAAUUCUAUAUCCUGAAGUCCGUACCAAGAAUAUGACAAGAGUGACAGCUAAAGAUCUGCAGGCAUCUUAAUAAUAUCUGUGUUUAUGAGUCUAAAUAAAUAUUGCUGCCAUCUCCACUUUCUAAAGUCCAAAUGAACUUCUUAUAUAUGAUUUCAUUCAUCUGGAAUGGGUUGGCUCGUUGUUUCUUAAUUGCAGCAAUCUCAAGUAAAUGACAGGUUGUUGGACAAAUCAGUGAAAAGAUUUUGUUGUGAGAGCAAGUUGUUGUUUUUGAUUAAAGAUUACGAGGGCACAUUUAUAAUAAAUGUAUUUUAGGUGGACCUCACGCAUGCAUUAUAAAGCAGGAUUUCCCAUAUGGGGGAUCUUGAUCCCCUAGGUGUCCAUGGGGGAAAUGCUGGGAACUUGUGAUAGAAAUUAUAGAAAUGUUAAAUUUCAAACUGAUCAAAAUAAAGGAUUCAAAAUUUCACAGUUUGCUCUGGUCUAUACAAAAAUGAAUCAAUAAAUAUCUGUUUUCUCCAACAUUUUGAACUGUUAACUAUUUGUUUAUAUAAAUGUUUUUAUAUUCGCUUAACGUCAUAAAGUUU